AAAUGGGUGUCAACGACCAUGAUGUUAGUGUUCCCCUGCAGGAGGUCCAGUCAAGAACAGUAGAGGGAAAACUCACGAAAUGCCUCGCAUUCUCCGCAUUUGUCAUCACACUGGCCUCCUUCCAAUUUGGAUACCAUAUCGGAUGUGUAAAUGCUCCAGGAGGGCUUAUCACUGAAUGGAUCAUCGGAUCACACAAGGAUCUCUUCGACAAGGAGCUCAGCAGAGAAAAUGCUGAUUUGGCGUGGUCCGUCGCAGUAUCCGUAUUCGCUGUUGGUGGUAUGAUUGGAGGUCUUUCCUCAGGAUGGUUGGCCGAUAAGGUCGGAAGACGUGGAGCUCUGUUCUACAAUAAUCUUUUGGCUCUGGCCGCGGCGGCUCUGAUGGGAUUGGCUAAGUCAGUUGGAGCAUACCCAAUGGUUAUUUUGGGAAGAUUGAUUAUUGGGCUUAAUUGUGGAUUCUCCUCAGCCCUUGUACCAAUGUUCCUCACCGAAAUCUCCCCUAACAACCUCCGUGGAAUGCUCGGAUCCCUUCACCAAUUGCUCGUCACCAUCGCAAUUUUGGUUUCUCAGAUCUUCGGGCUCCCACAUCUCCUCGGAACCGGAGACCGCUGGCCACUGAUCUUUGCCUUCACCGUCGUGCCUGCCGUUCUUCAGUUGGCUUUGCUCAUGUUGUGCCCAGAGUCUCCAAAGUACACAAUGGCUGUCCGCGGACAGAGAAACGAAGCUGAAAGCGCGCUGAAAAAGCUCCGUGACACCGAAGACGUGUCAACUGAAAUUGAGGCAAUGCAAGAAGAAGCCACCGCCGCCGGAGUCCAGGAGAAGCCAAAAAUGGGAGAUAUGUUCAAGGGAGCCCUGCUCUGGCCAAUGUCCAUCGCCAUUAUGAUGAUGCUCGCCCAACAGCUGUCCGGAAUCAACGUCGCAAUGUUCUACUCGACUGUAAUUUUCCGUGGAGCCGGUUUGACUGGAAAUGAGCCAUUCUACGCGACAAUUGGUAUGGGGGCUGUGAAUGUGAUUAUGACUCUGAUCUCGGUCUGGCUUGUGGACCACCCGAAAUUCGGCCGCCGCUCACUUUUGCUGGCCGGUUUGACUGGAAUGUUCGUGUCUACACUGCUUCUCGUUGGUGCGCUGACUAUUCAGAACAGUGGAGGAGACAAGUGGGCCAGCUACUCAGCCAUCGGAUUUGUGCUCCUUUUCGUCAUCUCCUUUGCCACCGGACCCGGAGCCAUUCCAUGGUUCUUCGUCUCCGAAAUCUUCGACUCGUCGGCUCGUGGAAACGCGAACUCCAUCGCUGUUAUGGUCAACUGGGCCGCCAAUUUGCUCGUCGGACUCACUUUCUUGCCAAUCAAUAAUCUCAUGCAACAAUACUCAUUCUUUAUUUUCUCCGGAUUCCUCGCCUUCUUCAUCUUCUACACGUGGAAAUUCGUGCCAGAAACCAAAGGAAAAUCGAUUGAACAAAUUCAAGCCGAAUUCGAGAAGAGGAAGUAAUGCAAAAAUUAAUAUUUAUUUUGAAUAUUCCGUCCCAGCCCCCCAAGUAUUUUGUAUUUUAUCGAUUUUUUCCCCAAAGAAAAUGUAUUUUCCACACCACUGCGAAACGUAUAGGUUUUGAGAUAAUAAAAUUUGUAUUCUUUG